AUGAAAUUAAGAAAAUUAAAUCAGGGCGCAGAUGUAUACAGGCUGAAUAAAUAUAGAAUUGCAGGUACACUUGAAAGCCUGAAAAUGUUGAAAGCAAGAUCAAAUCUUGAAGAAAGGUUAAAAGAAAAAGGGUUCAAUAAAACGAUGUGGUUGAAGCCGGAGAAGUUGUCAAACACCAGGGCAUCUAAUAAUAGAGAUCUGCAAACACUGGAUGACUUUGAUGAUGAUGUGGAGAAAAAUAAUCAAGUGGUCAGACCUAGGAAGCUCUUGGUAGAUGGAGCUAAAUCAAAUAAAAACAAGCUGGUUUCUGGCGAUGAUGACAUUCCAAAACGUGAUGAUAUUGGUAAAAAGCGACAAAAGCAUGAGCUACGUGUUCUUGCAAGAGUAAGAGGUGAAGAUGAUGAGUUGCCACAAGAUGGUGAUCAUGCUGGACAGAAACCUGACCAAUCCAGUGAUGAAGAUGAAUUCUACAAGGCUGUAAAAAGGCAAAGGACUGAAAAACUCUUGAGAAAACAAAGAGCUCCUAUCGGUAAACCACUCGAGGAAGAGAUUGAAGGAGAUGGCAAGAGGAAGAUCUCAUACCAGAUGGAGAAGAACCGGGGUUUGAGUCGUUCUAGGAACAAGAAACUCAAGAAUCCACGACAGAAAUACAGGGCUAAGCAUCAGAAAAAGGUCACUGCUCGGAAAGGUCAAGUGCGCAGCGUGAAGAAGCCUUCAGGUUCAUAUGGAGGUGAAAUGUCAGGCAUCAAUCCAAAUGUGAGUCGUAGCACUAGGCUCCGGGGUUGAUGGAGCGUUCACACAAAACAAACAUGAUAUGAAGUGGAUGAAAAGGACAUGUAUUAUCUGCAAUUGCUUCAUGUAUGAUCAUCUCAAGGAUGUGGAGAAUGUUAGUGACCUUGUUGCUAGUGAAACAUCUUUGUAAUGAAUAAGAAAAACUUGUUUGGUCGUGGUA